GACCGUUCUGGCACCGCAGUGAGGUACAUGUGAUUUUUUACAAAUACAAGUGCCGAUUAUAUAAAACCUCAUGGAAAUAGAAGGAUUAAAGAAAAAAAGGGGUUGUUGUGGGUAAACAUUUUUCGUAUAUCAAUAUACUCUCUAUUAGCUUGUUAUCGCUCUUUUUGCUUGUUUGUUUUUGUUUUAAAAAGUGGUCUUCCUGAAUAAGGCAAUAUGCUCGUCAAUGUACUGGAUUGCCGUACCCGUGUUUAUUAUGGCGACAAACAUUACUCUAAGCAACGCAAAAGUGUCCGUUCGCUGAGAAAGUUUAUUGAAUUUCUGGAUCAACAGCAUAGCUCCAUCUCAAUAUUUGGUCUUCUAUUACACAGUUUCAUGGAGAUAACCUCCGUGGGGAUCUAUGUUUGGGUGCUUCAAUCUAACCAUAGCCAGGAUAUAAAAAAAUUCACCUGGGGAACGUCUAUGUUCAAUGUGGAGGUCGUCUUUAAUGCAAUUUUCUUUCUCGAAUGGGUUUUGCUCUUCUUUCUAGAAGAAGACAAGAAGCGGUACUUCUUUUCCUGGCUUUCGUUUGUGAACAUCAUGACAAGUGUUCCGAUGAUCGUGUUGGGCGUUGGGGCAUUGUUCAAUAGCAACUAUCGGUGGGGGUGGGUGCCUAUGUAUCUUCGAGUGUGGUGGAUCAAUAAUUGCGUGUGUGUAUUGCUAGACUAUCCACAGAUCGUACGCUGCAUGGUAGAUAUGUAUCGUGAAACAUGUCGCUUUUUUUCGCGCCUUUUUCGCAGUCAUUUGUACUUGUAUCGGAACCUUUCAAAUGGUUCAGUGCUGCACGGGAAAAUACAUUGA